AUAUGAGGGCGAUGUAUCUGAAGUCAGUCUGGUUUGAAGAAGAAAGUCAGUAAGAGUUAUCUAACAAAAUGGCACAAGGCCAACGAAAUUUGUUAUUAUUAGUUCUGCUCAGUGUUAUAGUGUUGGUGAUAAGUGAAAAAACAGCUAACCAACCUUUGGAACCUGAAAAACGAAGCACUAAAAUUAGCUCGAUAAGUUUAGUGAAUAAAGAUGGCAGUUUUGAGUUUAAUGUGGACGACGAAGACUCCGAUAUCUAUAUUGAAAUGGAAGGUAAAGUAUCAACAACCAAAGGACGUUCUACACUUGAGCUAGCUGGACGCUAUGAAUUUAAGGACAUUGCACUACAAUUUACCGCGAAUGAAGAUGAUGGUUUCGAUAUAAACCGUCUAGAAGAAUCAGAGGCUAAACUACGACACCACUCCCAACCAUAUGUUUAAUUAGAAUAGGUACCGUCCAAGGAUAACAAAUAACAGAUAAUCUAUAAUAUUUAGUUGUUUUUAUAACAAAAAUGUCAAUAAAAAACUAUAUAUAUGAAAA